GUAGCCACGCUGCUACUGUCUCGCUUUGUGAAACACUACGGACGCAAGAGUGUUGCUGACUGAACGAGUUCAGAAACAAUCCCGUCGCCAAGAGGCAGGCAAGAGAUAAAACUCUGCCAUUUACUGUAACAUUUAAAUGGAUGUAAAAGAAGAACCGUGUGAGGCUGACCUGAAUAUCAUGGAGGAGAGGACCGUAAAUGUUAAGGAGGACUGUGAGUGGGAGAGUGCCCACCCCAAACAGCAGAGUCUGGACAUUAAGGAAGAGGACUGUGAACUGGGGUCAGUAAAUAUUAAAGAGGAGAAUGAAGAGGAGUGUGUCAGCACUGUGGUGGCCAGCUAUAGGAGUAUGGAGAGUGUCAAGGAAGAUGACCAUCAUUAUGGAGAUCAAGAUGGAGCAGUGACCGGGUUAGUCUCUUCUCAUUGCAGACACUCUUCAUUUCCGGAGUCUUCUAUCAAUAUAAAAUAUGAAUCAUUACAGUCUGACAGAAAGACGACUAAAAAAAUGUCAUCUCCUAGAACAGAGGAAGGUCAGCCACCACCUAAGACGUCAUCUAAAACAAGAAUCAAACUUCACUGCUGUACUGAAUGUGGCAAACAGUUUUCAAGGAGAAGCAGUCUUCAGAGCCACCAAAGAAUUCACACAGGAGAAAAGUCGUAUGCCUGUUCUGAAUGUGGUAAACAGUUUUCCGAUAGAAGCAGUUUUCAGCGCCACAAAAUAAUUCACACAGGGAAGAAGCCAUAUUGCUGCUCUGAAUGUGGAAAACAAUUCUCUUACAGUAGUUAUUUUCAGAUUCACAUUAAAACUCACUUAGGAGAGAAGUCGUAUUGCUGCUCUGAAUGUGGCAAAAAGUUUUCACAGAGAAGCUAUCUUAAGAUCCACCAAAGAAUUCAUUCAGGAGAGAAGCCAUAUUGCUGUUGUGAAUGUGGCAAAAAGUUUUCAAUAAGAGUCCAACUUCAAAGGCACCAAAGACUUCACACAGGAGAGAAGCCAUAUGACUGUUCUGAAUGUGGUAAACAGUUUUCACAGAGAAACCAUCUUCAGAGCCACCAAAGAAUCCACACAGGAGAGAAACCGUAUUGCUGUUCUGAAUGUGGUAAACACUUUUCACGGAGAAGCAGUCUUCAGAGCCACCAAAGAAUUCACACAGGGGAGAAACCAUAUUGCUGCUCUGAAUGUGGAAAACAAUUCUCUUACAGUAGUAAUUUUCAGAUACACAUUAAAACUCACUUAGGAGAGAAGCCGUAUUGCUGCUCUGUAUGUGACAAAGAGUUUUCACAGAAAAGAUAUCUUAAGUGCCACCAAAGAAUUCACUCAGGAGAGAAGCCAUAUUGCUGCUCUGAAUGUGGAAAUACGUUUUCACUGAGCAGCUAUCUUCAGAAACAUCAAAGACUUCAUAGAAGAGAGAAAAAAAAUGACAAACUCCCUCACCUUGUCCACAGAUGAACACAGUACAAUAGUAAGCAGCUGAAGAAAGAAUUCAAAAAGUUUGAUGAAAACAAAAAAGAUAUAAUUGAGGAAACUACAAGUAAAGUGGUAAAUACCCUGCCCCCCUCCAACAGCCUCAUGUGGAAACAGAACUUUCUCAUGCAUGGCUUAUGAGGGGCGAACUAAGACCAAAAGAUGUACGUCUCAUCAUAGGUGCACAAAACAGUGACUUGGACACAAAGUGGUUCAGAUCAAAAAUAGA